CCGAGGCACUGUGAUGCGAGAGCGGCGGCGCGAGGUGAGUCCGAAAGAAAUGACUGGACUCCAACACACGGCGCGAGCUGACAGGCGGAUGAAAUAUCAGAAAAAGUCAUAUUAGAAAGCGCGCGUUUGGAUGAUGGUGUUCGCCGCUGUGCGCCUGUGACAUGUCCGUUACGCACACCUCCGGAGCCUCUCCUCUGGGUCUUGGAUGGUGACGGCGCCCGGGGACCGAGCAGGACUACACCGCGUCUCCUCGCUGCCUUUUGGCCUUUGUUUGGCUUCUUCUUCUUUUUUUGGACGGAGGCUUCCUUAAACUUUUGGCCUGACUGCACACCUCUCCACCGCCCACCUCUCUCCCUAGAAAACACUCCUGUACGCCCCCCCCCCUCCAACCCCUCGCCAAGACGUUGUUCCGCGUAGACCCGGGUCGCCCCAGUCCGAGCAGCGCGGUCCGUGUGGGAAGGUCGGCACUCUGCGCCCUGCAGGCCGGAGACAUGAUGGUCCACUGCGCCGGGUGCGAACGGCCCAUCCUGGACCGGUUCCUCCUCAACGUGCUGGACCGAGCGUGGCACGCCAAGUGCGUCCAGUGCUGCGAGUGCAACUGCAACCUCACCGAGAAGUGCUUCUCCAGGGACGGGAAGCUCUAUUGCAAAAUGGACUUUUUCAGUCGGUUUGGCACAAAGUGCGCGGGGUGCCUGCAGGGAAUCUCGCCGAACGACUUGGUGCGCAAAGCCCGCAGUAAGGUGUUCCACCUGAACUGCUUCACCUGCAUGGUGUGCAACAAGCAGCUGUCCACGGGAGAGGAGCUCUACGUCAUAGACGAAAACAAGUUCGUGUGCAAAGAAGAUUACUCGACCUCCGGGGUCAUCAAGGAGGUCAACUUGAACUCAGUGUCGUCGUGUACAGAUAGGAGUUUAUCGCCGGAUCUGCAGGACCCAAUACAGGACGACAUAAAAGAGACGGACAAUUCCACGUCCUCGGACAAGGAAACGAACAAUAUUGAGAACGAGGAGCAGAACUCGGGGACCAAGCGGCGCGGGCCGCGGACCACCAUCAAGGCCAAGCAGCUGGAGACGUUAAAGGCCGCCUUCGUGGCCACGCCGAAACCCACGCGGCACAUCCGGGAACAGCUGGCCCAGGAAACGGGACUAAACAUGCGCGUCAUCCAGGUCUGGUUCCAGAACCGGAGAUCCAAAGAGCGACGGAUGAAGCAGCUCAGCGCCCUGGGGGCCCGGCGGCACGCCUUCUUCCGGGGCCCGAGGAGGAUGAGGCCCCUGGGAGGCCGGCUGGAGGACCCCGACAUUCUGGGGCCCGGAGCCUACGGCUACUACGGAGAAUACCAAGGCGACUACUACGGACCGGGGAGCAACUACGACUUCUUCCCCCACGGCCCCCCCUCCUCGCAGGCUCAGUCUCCGGCCGAGUCCCCCUACAUCCUGGGCUCCGGACCCGGGGCGAUGGAGGGGUCGGGCCGCCACCCGUCAGACGACCAAAGGUUCACGGACAUGAUCUCCCACGCGGAGACCCCGAGCCCGGAGCCGGGCUUGCCGGGCUCCCUGCAGCCCGUCCCCGGGGAGGUCUACGGGGGGGGGCCCAGUCCUCCCUUCUCCCUGGCGAGCAACUCAAGCUACAGCGCUCCGAUGUCCCACCAGGGCCCGGAGAUGGGGGAGACCACGGCCUGGUGAGGGGGGGGGGGCGGGGCGCACCACCAGGGACCAGUUCAUUCAGGAGACAGACACGCGCACGCACUCACGCGCACACACACACGCGGUGGAGUGAACAUGUCAGAUCACAUUUCUAUGGAGGACUUUA